AUGACGAUCACAAAGUAUGCCAUGUGCUACCCACAGCACGACACAACGACACUUCGCAACUUCAUCGAAGCACGAACAGGCGUCCUGCCGACAAGAGGUCGGAAGAAGAUCGCAUACGUCAAGCAGCUCCGAGAGAUGGACCGCACCAGCACUUUCGAUUUCAUGGGCCUGCCGCCUGAGCUUCGCGUGGUCGUAUACAGGCUCCUGUUCGCUUUUCGGCAUGAAUGUCACCUGGCAAGUUGUCGAAAGAACCACGUUUCGAUUCUUCGAGCCUCCAAAGCCAUCCAUGAGGAGGCAAAACGCGUGCUGUAUGCUGAACGAAUCUUCCGAAUGUACUUUGUUGGCAGACUCGCACCGAAGCCGACGAACCGAGCGCAAACAUCACUGGCCGUUGGCGGGGACAUACUGAAGAGAACUGAGUACUUUGUAUCCGAUGUCCCUCUCUCCAGCUACUCCGCGAUAUUGCCAGCGCAUCUGUCUUCCAUCCGACACCUGGAGCUCAGUAUUGACGUGGCAAGGCCCCGCAUCUCGGGACCCAAGCGCGUCAACUUCGUCUCGAACGGAUGGACUGAGCAGAUACUUAUUAGAAUCAACCGCGCAUUGUACCGGCUGGCUUGUGAGCUCAUGGACAGCCGGCGGCUCCGGACGCUGGUCGUGCAAGUCAGCAUCCGCGCAAAACCCUUGCACAUCAGUCGACUGGAGAAGGCCUUGUUUCCGCUGGCAAUGCUACUGUCUCUGCGGCAGCGAGGGAUUGUGGUGCGGAUCGACGGACUGCGUCCUAGGGUGAUGUCGUAUCUGUCCCAGUUCCGCGCACUCGUCGUCCGUCAGAACACGUUCAACGAGCUGCACGAAACCAUUGUGGAAGCGUCACAAAUCUCCGGGCAUCUGUGGUUCCAUGCCUCGCGUGCCGUCGUACUUCGGAAGCUGGAGGUCGCAAUAGAUCAUGGUAUGGACAUUUUGGAAACGGGCAGAGUCGUUGACAAUGUCCUUGAGAGGAAGGCGGCAUUGGCUCGAAUCUGUCUCAGGCAGAUGAUCGACUCUCGUGCGCUCCAGUUGUUGAUACGAAGGAGGGACAGCCAGAGUGCCAUUGUGAUUGAGGACUGUUGA